UUAUACAAUACAUAUGCUCACGUUAUUCUAUAGCGUAAAAGAUAUCUUACGAAUAGUAGCAUUAUUCAAACACUGGUAUGGAUAACAUUAUCUCAAUACGAUUUUUAAUAAAAAUCGUCAAAUCAAGAUUUUAACAAAAACUAGCAAUGUAAAUUUAAUUUGCAAAAUGCGCGCGAUCAGCUGUUUUCCAAGAGGUCAAAUAGGCAGGUCACGACUAACGGUACGUUCACACGGAGACACGAUUUGCCGAAUCUUAUUUUCAUCGGAUCUGGAAAAACCGAAUGUUGUAUUCACACAGCACAUCUUGUUUGGCCGUAUCCGACGGCCUCGUAUCGGGAUCUCGUGUGAACUCACCAUCCGGCUUUUAUUAGCAAGAGCGCGCACAGUUCCUCACGUUGAUUUGGAAGCGAUGGACGUGAACAGUCUUGCUAUACUAUACUGGUAUUAUCGCCGUCAGCGUCGUAGAAAAAGAUUGUGGUUAAACCCAAUAGUACAAAGAAGAUCAACAGUUGGUGCCUUUACAACUCUAAUGCAGCAGUUAAGAAAUGAUCCACAAAAAUUUUUUAACUACUUUAGAAUGACUAUACCUACAUUUGAUAAUCUUUUGAAAAAAGUGGAAAAAGAUUUGAAAAAGCGUGAUACAAAUAUGAGGAAAAGCAUUAGACCAGAAGAAAAAUUAGCGAUAUGUAUAAGAUAUAUGGCUUCUGGGUGUUCAUACAAGGAUUUACAUUACGCCUACCGAGUCGGAGUGUCUACGAUCAGUAACAUUAUUAAGGAAGUAACGAAUGCUAUUUGGAACAAUUUGCAUGGGGAGUUUAUGACAUUACCCAACACAAUAUCUGACUGGGAAUAUAUCGCCAAUGGAUUUAAUACUAGAGCAAACUUUCCCCAUUGCAUUGGUGCAGUGGACGGUAAACAUAUUAGGAUAAAAAAGCCAAACAACAGUGGUUCCAUGUUUAUGAAUUACAAAGAUUUCUUUUCCAUCGUAUUAUUAGCAGUGGUUGAUUCAUAUUAUAAAUUUACAUACAUCUGUGUGGGCUCGUAUGGAAAAGAAUGCGAUUCGACAAUAUUCAAGGAGUGUACUUUUUGGAAAAAACUAAUAGAUGGUGAUUUGCAAUUACCGGCAGCAUGUCCACUGACAAACGAUUCCGAUUUAUCGAUUCCGUUUGUAGUAAUAGGCGAUGAAGGUUUUGGCUUGCAUCAACAUUUGAUGAGACCUUACGGCGGAAACCAUUUGGAUAGAAACAAAAGAAUAUAUAACUACAGAUUAACCAGAGCUCGACGCUAUGUUGAGUGCGCCUUUGGGAUAUUAGCUAACAAGUGGCGAAUAUUUCAUCGUCCACUGGAUGUUGAUACCAGCACAGCAAUAUCGAUUGUAAAGGCUUGCACUGUACUUCAUAAUUUUAUAAUAGAUAUGGAAGGUGUACAGUCGAACAUAGAAACAACAAGCAAUGUAUCAUCAGUGGUUAACGUGUUCACAGAUGCACCCAAUGAACAAAAUAGUACACGAGGUGGACGAUGUGCUAAUGUUAUACGAUCUGAAUUCACAAAUUAUUUUAUUUCUACAGCAGGAGCUGUGCCUUGGCAAGACGAAUCAAUCUAACGUUAAUUUUGUAACACACUGCUAAUGUACAAAUACUUAACCUGUUUACUUUAAAAAAUUACAAACUUACCAUAAU